GAAGACACAGCACAGCUCUCUGGACCAGAGCUCCCCACCCCAAAGCGGCGUAUCUGGCACCUACAACCAUCCUGUCCUGGGGAUGUAUGAUUCCAAAGAUGACUUCCCACUCAGAAAAACAGCCUCUGAACCCAAUCUGAAAUUACGAUCCAGACUAAAGCAGAAGGUUGCUGAGAGAAGGAGCAGCCCCCUCCUGCGCAGAAAAGACGGUCCGGUGGUGACUGCUCUAAAGAAGCGCCCGCUGGACGUCACAGACUCUGCAUGCAACAGUGCUCCUGGAUCUGGUCCCAGCUCUCCAAACAACAGCUCCAAUAACAUCACUGCCGAGAACGGAAUCGCAGGAUCAGUCACGAGUAUCCAAGCAGAGCCCAGCCUGGCUCACAGACUCGUGAACCGUGAAGGCUCCGUGACACAGCUUCCACUCUACACCUCUCCUUCUUUGCCCAACAUCACGCUAGGACUGCCUGCUACCGGCCCUUCCAGUGCAGGAUCAGCCCAGCAGGAUGCGGAGAGACUUACUAUCCCAACAUUACAGCAGCGGAUCUCACUAUUCCCUGGCACUCACCUCACUCCCUACUUGAGCACUACAACGUUGGAGAGAGACGGGGGAACUGCACAUAACCCUCUCCUGCAACACAUGGUCUUACUGGAACAACCAGCUGCACAAACUUCCUUAGUCACAGGACUGCCCCUCCACGCACAGCCUCUAGUUGGUGGAGAGCGGGUCUCCCCUUCAAUCCACAAGCUCCGGCAGCAUCGCCCACUGGGGCGCACACAGUCUGCUCCCCUUCCCCAGAACGCCCAGGCCCUCCAGCAGUUAGUGAUCCAGCAGCAGCACCAGCAGUUCUUGGAGAAACACAAACAGCAAUUCCAGCAACAGCAACUGCACAUCAACAAGAUUAUAUCCAAACCCAACGAACCAGCUCGGCAGCAUGAAAGCCAUCCCGAGGAGACGGAGGAAGAGUUACGGGAACACCAGGCCCUUCUGGAGGAGCCAUACAGCGACCGAGCCACGAGCCAAAAGGAGGCCCCAGGGUUGGCCAACAUGGUGCAAGUGAAGCAAGAACCCAUCGAGAGUGAUGAGGAGGAGGGAGAGCCACAGCAGGAGCUGGAGUCUGGGCAGAGACAGGCUGAGCAGGAGCUGCUCUUCCGUCAGCAAGCACUUCUCUUGGAGCAGCAACGGAUUCACCAGCUGAGGAACUACCAGGCGUCGCUGGAGGCAGCUGGAAUGCCUGUCUCCUUCGGAGGGCAUCGGCCUCUGUCCCGGGCACAGUCCUCGCCCGCCUCAGCCACCUUCCCAAUGUCCGUACAGGAGCCACCCACUAAGCCAAGGUUCACAACAGGUGAGGUUUGGGACACUGGAGGCUGGAGUGAUGGCUCUGUGGUCACUG